UCCUAUUUUUUUAAGAUGUAAAUGUACGCGAUUGGUCGAGUUCCAAUUCUUGGAUUCGUAAUCUUCACAAUCGCGCAGUCCGCUGUCCGCUACGAGCUUGACGUGUCUUUAGUUGUGUGAGCGCAGAUUCUGUCAGUGGGAGAAGGAAAACAAAACUUGCUCUUACGAUUCACAUUUUUACACACGCACUGGCAGACAAGCGUAUUUUUUGAACUUGUACACUUUAAUUGUACGUAGGUUUGUAAGAAGAGAGAGAAAUUCGUCCUCUUAAAAAACGUUAUUUUGGGUUCUAUGAGUUUAGGAAGCGUGUCUAGGACAAUGGUGACAGGACCAACUGAGCAUGGAAUACAAGCUGAUGUUAUAUUUGUCAUCGAGGGAACAGCCGUCAACGGCGCGUACCUCAAUGAUCUUAAAACGAAUUACGUUAUUCCUACAUUGGAAUAUUUCAGUCAAGGUGGGAUAGAAGACAGGGAAUAUGUUUCCGAGCAAAAUAGCACAACGUUGUAUGGAAUAGUUGUUUACCAUGCCGCUGAUUGCUUACCAUCUCCAUGCACGGAGACUCUUGGACCUUAUUCGAAUCCUCACAAGCUACUGAUGGUUCUAGACAAGCUUGAAAUGGUUGGCGGAAAGGGGGAGUCAUUUGCGAACAUAGGCGAAGGUCUUGCAACAGGAUUACAGUGUUUUGAAGACUUACAGCUGAGACGAGAGCCAAAUACAGCUUCGCAGAAACAUUGUAUUUUGAUAUGUAACUCGCCCCCGUACCAAACUAUGAUUCAAGAAACUUACAAAUUCGCUGGUCAUACCAUCGAACAAUUAGCUGCCGUUUACCAAGAGAGGAGUAUUAACAUCUCUAUAUUAUCACCAAGGAAAAUUCCGGCAUUGUAUAAACUAUUUGAGAAAGCUGGCGGUGAUUUACAGUCCUCGCAAACGAAGAAUUAUGCCAAGGAUCCACGGCAUUUGGUGCUUUUGCGAAAUUACAACUUAAAGGAGCGACCUGUCAGUCCCCAAAUGGGUGGUAACGUUCACAAUACCGCAGCUACCGCGGCACAAAUACCCCUGAGUCCGCUGCAAAGCAACGACAGUCCGAACACUAAUCAAGUGCAGCAGAAUAUCGCCCCGCCGAAUCAGCAGCAGGGUCCUCCUUUCAGAAACCAAGCCCCCCCUCAGAAUCUUAACUCUGUGCAUCAGACCGUAACGCCGUCCAUGGCGGCACCGAUAAACGCCACGCGGCCGCCUUACAAUCCUCAGAUAGCCGCACCACCAAAUUAUCAUCCAGGAGGAGUAAACAUAGCUACGAGGCCCAGAUGGAUGCGGCCGUUCAUAGCACCGGGUGCGACCGCGUCUGCAAAUACGCAAAACAGUGCGCUAAUAGCACAACUGACACAACCGUCUUCGUCGUUAGGACUCAAUGUAGCUGCGUUUAGUCAACGGUUAGAUGUAGCUGGCAAUAACGUUAUGGCAGCUAAUCAGCAGCAACAACAGCAACAACUCACGCAGCAACAGCAACAACUGCGCUUGACGAUGCAGUUGCAGCAGCAACAGCAGCAGCAGCAGCAGCAGCAGCAACAGCAGCAAAAUGUUCAGCAAGCUACUAUGUCUAUGGCCGCUCAACCAACUCACAGCCAACCGGGAUCUCAACUUGCUACGUCGUGUAUCAGCCAGUCUGUACCUACUCAAGUACCACAGACUGUUACAGCUUCGCAGCAAGCACCAGUUUCAGUAUCAAUAACGCAUUCUCAAGCACAAGGCAACGUAUCUACUGGUACUGUACAAAGUCAACAACUCGUGCCACGCGAGCGCCAGAACAUCUGGCAGGGUAUCGUGGAAUGGAUCGAGAAGGCCAAAAAUCCCACAGAUGCCCAAAAGCAAACGAGACACGUUCCAUGUCAGGUCUCGGCUAAUGCGAAAGACGGAGAUCCAGAACUGAAAGCAGACACGUGGCCGCCAAAACUGAUAAUGCAACUGAUGCCGAAACAACUGAUAGGAAGUAUUGGUGGUACCUAUCUGAAGAAUUCUAAAUCCGUUGUAUUUCACCCAACGCCGUGCGAAGCAUUGGAAUCUUUAACGAAAAUGAUGACUGCUGGAUUUGCAGGUUGUGUUCACUUCACUUCUGCGGCAUCAAGUCCAGCUUGUGAAAUAAAAGUACUUAUACUUUUAUAUACUACGGACAAGAAAACGUAUCUAGGUUUUAUCCCAAACGAUCAAACAGCUUUUGUAGAUCGCCUUCGCAAGGUUAUACAACAGCAGAAAACAUCUCAAAACGCGUCUGUAAGACAAGCUAAUCCUGGACCGGGCAAUACGAUUCCCGCACCGAUGCCUACCACAGGUACACAGGGGGGUAUUCUUAUGUCCCAAACGAAUACUAUGGCGAUGGGAGGUGGCCAAAUAACACAGAAUGUUGUGUCCACCGCUCCUCCGCAAACUUUAACUUCGACCAGUGGUCCACAGACUCAAAUGAAUAUGCAGAAUAGCGGAAUCAGCGGUCCGCAAGCAAACGCUGGAGCUGGAGGUAUGAUCGGUCAACAACGACCUCAAUUUGACGAUCUAGAGAUCGCCAGGCAUCAAAAUUUGUUGAAGAUCCAACAUCUGAGACAAACGUUAGAAGCUGCACAACAACAAGAGGCGCAGUAUAAGUCUCAAUUGGAAGUGAAUAUUCAACAAAAUCUAGAAGUGGCACAACAGCAAGAAAUGCAGUACAAGCAACAACUUGAGGCACAACAGGCACAGAGAGGCCUCAAUCAGGCCGCUAUGGCUAACCAACAGGCGGGCUCUCAAAGAUUGAUGCGUCCAGUUUCCAAUAAUCUUGGUCUCAGACAUUUAUUACAACAGCCGCAACCACAGUACAGCGUUCGGCAAGUAUUCGGAGUGCAACAGCAAAUGGUAGGACCGAGAGGGCAGAUAGCAACGAGACCAAUGGCACCUGGUAAUGCACAAAAUCAGCAAUUUGAGGAUGUAUCGAAUUAUGACUUCCUCGGUUAAAAGACGUAAAUAAGCGUUUUCUUUUUUAAGUUUACUUUAUUCGUACACAUACGCGUAUGCAUGUAUACAACGAUGUGUAGAAGGAAAUACACGAGAGCAUAACGAUUUUAAUUUUGUAUAUUUGUGAGAAUAAAUAACACUUGUACAUA